AAUGCAGAUACAGAAGGCAAGAAAAGGGUGGUCAGGAUUACAGAGAUCGUCCACGCCGAGGAGGAUGGGACAGCGGACAUAACCGCAACUUAUCGUGAGAAGGGUGGAUUCGGUAAAGGAGGCAACAUCGCCCCUUCGUCUUCGAUGAAUCAACCUGCUCCGGGAGGCGUAGUAGACCUUUUUGCGACAUCUAUUUUGUCUUAUGACGCCUAUGGAGGUGAAGGAGGGAGCACUCUUGGAGCUGCAUUUGCGGUUCCCGAAGCUCUGGCUAUCGAAGGCACCAUUUCAACUUCUUAUAUCAUAGAGGGUCUCUCAACCAUCCCAAGUGACACCGACCUAACUGCCCAGGCCCACAAAGUUACAGUGGCGGUCGUGGAUCUUGCUGCAGACCUGGCCCGAUCCACUUUAGCAAGGCCCCUCCUGCUAUCCAGCCCUUCCGUUGCCAACUCGACGCCGUUCGAAAUCUUCACUUCUUCAGAGACCAUUAAUUUCUCCUCCGCAAUAAACAUCUCCGAAAAGCGAUCUUCCAGUAAAGAUCCUGAUCAUGCCUCUUCCUGCGAGCUCGAUCUGAGAAGGCCCGAGAAGGCAGUCUUC